GCAGCGCGCUCGAAGUUCUGGGCAAAGUACUGGGGAACUGGUAGCACGUUCUCAUUGCCGGCGAACCGCCCCGGACAAAGGGACAGCACCAGCCUGCCAGUGCGCAGCGGGGCUCCUGGCCUUGCUGUCAGUCUGCGAGUGGCGGUCGGCGCCCGCGUCUCCUAGGCUGAUGCGGGAACUGUUAGCUGCGCGUUGCAGGGCGACCUGAGGAGCUGGUUUGCCUCCUUCCUAGUCUGUGAGCAAACCCUGGAGCGGGGCACCGGGGAACAAGGCGGUGUUCCCGGCGGCAGAGAGCUCAGCUAAAACUAUAAGUCAGUCUACUCCCCCCGGCAGCCCCUGCAUUGUCUCUCAGGAAUUUCCUCUGGGUCAUCUAGAAAUGCUUUUUAAGCAUACCGGAUAAGAGCUGGCCUGUCUACCUGUGUGGGACCUCCGUCCACUCAACUCCUCUGCCUUCUGAUGGCAUUUUGAUUGCAUUGAGGCCAAGUGACUGACCAGCUGCUCACAAUGAGUGAUGAAAAGAACCUUGGUGUGUCCCAGAAAUUGGUCUCACCUUCAAGGAGCACAAGUAGCUGCUCCUCCAAGCAGGGAAGUCGACAGGACAGCUGGGAAGUGGUGGAAGGACUGAGAGGGGAGAUGAAUUACACCCAGGAGCCACCAGUUCAGAAAGGAUUUUUGCUGAAAAAGAGGAAAUGGCCCUUAAAAGGCUGGCACAAGAGAUUUUUCUACCUGGACAAAGGAAUCUUGAAAUAUGCCAAGAGCCAAACCGAUAUAGAGAGGGAGAAGCUGCAUGGCUGCAUUGACGUGGGGCUCUCGGUGAUGUCUGUAAAGAAGUCAUCCAAGUGCAUCGAUCUUGACACAGAGGAGCACAUCUACCAUCUGAAGGUGAAGUCAGAAGAAAUCUUUGAUGAGUGGGUAUCCAAACUUCGUCACCACAGAAUGUAUCGCCAGAAUGAAAUUGCCAUGUUUCCACGUGAAGUUAAUCACUUUUUCCCAGGGUCAACCGUCACAGAUUCUGCACCUGGGACAUUUGAUUCCAUUUCUAGUAGAAAGCGUAGCAGUAUAUCAAAGCAGAAUUCAUUUCAAACUGGAAGCAAUUUAUCAUUUUCUUGUGGUGGUGAGACACGAGUUCCCUUAUGGCUACAGUCUUCAGAGGACAUGGAAAAAUGCUCAAAAGACCUGGCACACUGUCAUGCUUACUUGGUGGAAAUGAGCCAGCUUCUACAAAGUAUGGACGUCCUGCAUCGGACAUACUCAGCGCCUGCCAUCAAUGCCAUCCAGGGUGGAGUUUUUGAAAGUCCCAAAAAGGAAAAAAGAUCACACAGGAGGUGGCGGUCCAGAGCUAUUGGCAAAGAUGCUAAAGGAACGCUGCAGGUCCCUAAGCCUUUUUCUGGCCCAGUAAGACUACACUCCUCCAAUCCUAAUCUGUCAACACUAGAUUUUGGAGAAGAGAAAAAUUAUUCUGAUGGUUCUGAAACCUCAUCAGAGUUUUCUAAAAUGCAGGAAGAUCUGUGUCAUGUUGCCCAUAAAGUUUACUUCGCCUUAAGGUCAGCUUUUAAUACCAUAUCAACAGAGAGAGAGAAAUUAAAGCAGCUGAUGGAGCAGGAUGCCACCUCCUCCCCUUCUGCUCAGGUCAUCGGUCUGAAGCAUGCUCUGUCAUCCACAUGGAGACACAGUUGGCCAUGGAAUCCUGGACCAAAGUCAUUUUCUUCUUUGCUAAGGAAUUCACUUUCACCCACGUUCAUGAUUUUGAAACUUAAGAUCAAACAGAACAAUCUUUCCUUUUUGGUUUGGAUUCAUGAUUUGAUCCAAGACUUUUUUAAAGCCCUAGCACAAAACACAGAUCUUAAAGAACGCUUACGCAGAAUCCAUGCCGAAUCUCUGCUCCUCGACUCGCCCGCUGUUGCCAAGCUGGGUGACAAUCUGGCAGAGGAAAACUCCAGAGAUGAAAAUCGAGCUCUGGUUCACCAGCUUUCCAACGAAAGCAGGCUCUCCAUCACAGACUCCCUUUCGGAGUUUUUUGAUGCACAGGAAGUUCUCUUGUCACCAAGCUCUUCAGAAAAUGAGAUCUCUGAUGAUGAUUCAUAUGUCAGUGACAUAAGUGAUAAUCUUUCCUUAGACAAUCUCAGUAAUGAUUUAGACAAUGAAAGACAGACCUUGGGGCCUAUUCUUGAAAGUGGUAGGGGAGCAAAGUCCAAAAGAAGAACUUGCCUGCCGGCACCAGGUCCCAACACCAGUAACAUCAGCUUGUGGAACAUCCUGCGAAACAAUAUCGGGAAGGACCUGUCCAAAGUGGCCAUGCCCGUGGAGCUGAAUGAGCCCCUGAACACGCUGCAGAGGCUCUGUGAGGAACUGGAGUACAGUGAGCUGUUGGACAAGGCUGCACAAAUCCCCAGUCCCCUGGAAAGGAUGGUAUAUGUGGCCGCCUUUGCCAUAUCAGCGUAUGCAUCUAGCUAUUUCCGGGCUGGGAGCAAGCCAUUUAACCCCGUCCUUGGAGAAACGUAUGAGUGCAUUCGAGAGGACAAGGGCUUCAGUUUUUUUUCAGAACAGGUUAGCCACCAUCCACCUAUCUCUGCAUGUCACGCCGAAUCUGGAAAUUUUGUUUUCUGGCAAGACGUGAGAUGGAAAAACAAAUUCUGGGGUAAAUCCAUGGAAAUUGUUCCGAUUGGCACAACUCAUGUGACUCUGCCAGCUUUUGGAGAUCAUUUUGAGUGGAACAAAGUGACUUCUUGCAUCCACAACAUCCUAAGUGGACAGAGGUGGAUCGAGCACUAUGGAGAGAUUGUCAUCAAGAACCUGAAUGAUGAUUCCUGCCACUGCAAAGUGAAUUUCAUAAAGGCAAAAUACUGGAGCACUAAUGCCCACGAGAUCGAAGGCACGGUGUUCGACAGGAGCGGGAAAGCGGUGCACCGGCUCUUUGGGAAAUGGCACGAGAGCAUCUACUGCGGGGGCUCCUCCUCAUCCUCAUGCCUCUGGAGAGCAAAUCCCAUGCCAAAAGGAUAUGAGCAAUAUUAUGGCUUCACACAGUUUGCAUUGGAGUUAAAUGAAAUGGACCCAUUGUCAAAGUCUUUAUUACCACCGACUGACACUCGGUUUAGACCAGAUCAAAGGUUUCUAGAAGAAGGGAAUAUAGAAGAAGCUGAAAUACAGAAGCAGAGGAUUGAACAGCUGCAGAGAGAAAGGCGGAGGGUCUUAGAAGAAAAUAACGUGGAACACCAGCCUCGGUUUUUCAGGAAAUCCAGUGACGACUCUUGGGUGAGCAACGGCACCUAUUUGGAACUUAGGAGAGAUCUUGGUUUUUCCAAGCUGGACCAUCCUGUCUUGUGGUAAAAACAGUAAAGAAGAGGAAAGAUUUGUUAGGGUACUUCUCCUGUGUUUGCUUCUGGAAGCAGCACAAACUUGUGUCUAUCUAUUUAAAAGAUAUUAUCUAGAAUAAUCACUUGUGCUUAGUUUAGCAUUAUAAGUAUUUAAGUAUAUAUUUUCUUCUGUGGGUUUCUUUACGAUUUCAAAUGUUAUGAUUGUUUAUAUGAAUGCAGAACACCUCGAUAUUUCCUUUUAUAUAUAAACUAUUUAAUAAAAAUGAAAGAUUGAAUGUUAAUGUGUGGGUUAAAAAAGAAGCUUUAACACUAAUUUUCCAAAGGUUAGAGAAAAUUCAAAUUAAAUUUAUGCCUUAUAAAAUUAUGUCGGAGAAAAAUAAAUCAACCUCUCCCAGGUGCAUUAAGAAAUAAGAUCACCCAGGGUUACUCACCCAUGCGUAAGCUACCCAAGUUUAAUUUGGUAGCUGAGAUAUCUUUUUGCCUCAGACAGCUCUUGAAUUGCUCAGAUGAGCAAUUCUGCUGGUGCUGAAGUCCGAAGAAUAUUUUCAUUUGCAUUUUAGUGGUUAAAGGGAUGGUAUAAGAUUAGUGGAAUGUAUGUUUUUACAUAAGAUGCAUCUGGAACCUUCUUGAAGGGGAGGUAUUUGAGUUUGUCCUUCCCUCUAGUUUUAUUGCCUUACAUGCAAAAUUGUACCCUCUCGCUCAGAGAAAUUUUCAUUAAUUAGAGAAAUCCCCAUUAAUUUAAUGUCCUAAUGAAAGGUAGUAGGAAUUUUUUUCCUUAGCGAGAGAGCUCAAUCCUUAAUAAAUUAAAAAGUGAUCUCCUGCUUCCCAUCCAGUCCCUGGCUUUGUGGCCCUCCUGUUUGACCACAGCUCCGUUGAGUAUGGAAUGUCCCAGUUUAGUAUAAAAUAUACAGUGCAUUACACACCACAGUUGGACUUUGUAAAAAAUUAGCAAAAUAACUGAUUGUUUUAAAUAACUCGACAUAUCUUUCUUAAAUACUGUUCUGCUAUUUUCUACCUCUUAAUAAGCAUCAUAUUUUCGAUCGUAUAGCAAGUUUGACCAUCUGCCUUAUAGACAAAUGUAGAGAGUCGAUGUUCUCCUUUUGUGUUGUCUUCCGAGAAAGCUUUAAGUGUCUUACCCCCUUCCCAACUUUCUUCUCAUUUGUAUCACUCUGUGAGUUCUGCAGCAGUCUCAGAUAAUUGACUGUAACUACUGAAAGGCAAAACUUUGUUCUUUUAAGUGUGUUAUUUCAAAUUACAAUAUAAUUUGUGCAGUGGUUGAAUUGUGUUGUCAGAGCAAUUCUAACUUCUGUGCAGAUUACAUUAAAACCAAAGUCUAAUUUUGAAGCCUUUUACUCAAAUGAUCAUAACAAUCCUAUGAAAUAUCAAAUGUCAUCAUGUGCUAAAGAGAUUUCUCCAGAAAACAUCUUUAGAUGUUUAAAGAAUUGCAGAACGUGUAGAAUGAUUGGAAUGAAGAGUAAAAUAAAUAACAGGAAAAGUAUGCAUGAUUUUCUAAUGUCACAUCAAACAACCAAUUGGACAGCAUCACAUUUUCAAAAUGGAGAGUUAUAUAAAAUGGAUCAGUAGCCUUUUGGAGUCUGCAAGUGACUGGCAUUUUAAAACAACUCAUUAAAUAUUGGAUUCAUUUAUUCCAUUUUAUGGUGAUGUUAAAAUGAACACAGUGUGAAUAUCAUUUCCAUUUCUAAGCAGUCGAAUGACACCAUCCAAUUCUUUGGUAUGUCCUUUGUUCUUUUUCUUUUCAAGCAUUUAUCCAAAUUCUGCUCACAGACAGGAGGAAGCAGGCUGUAGAUUUAAGGGUCCUCAGGGGGAAAACAAAUCUAGUUUCCACAAUGUGAGGAUAAAUGUAGAAUUUUAGUAACACUGGCUGUUAAAUAGGCCUGCUCCACAGGCUGAAUCAAAAACAAAACAAAACAAAAAACUCAACAAACAGAAUGUACAGCCUGAAUAAAUGUAGCUUUGUCAUGCAGUAUUUGGAAAAUUUUUUAAUUGUCCCAAUAUUGUUAUUUCAAAUGAUUUUAUGCUUUAUUUUGGAAUCACAAGGACAAGCAAACCAAACAUCACCUCUGUAGUCAUCUUAUUUGAAUUGGGAGUGGGAUGAACAAAAUAUGGUUAGAACAAUAUGCAAAUUUUAAAAAUCUAAUUAGUAGCAGGAUCUUUCUAAAGGGCCUUCCUGAAAUUUAAACAGCUUAUGAUGCAACCUCAUAUUCAGAUCUUAAAACUUCCUUAAGGGGGGAAAUGGCAUCUUCUUUUUUUUUUUUUUUUUUUUUUUUUUCCUUUCUUUCUGUUCUUUCCUUCAGAAGCACCUUUCCCCCAAAUUUGUAUCUCCCUCUCCCUCUGUUAUCCCACCUGGCAUUCCACGCCGGCUGAGAGAGGAGGAUGUCAAGUUCGAUGUCAGUAUGAGCAAUUGUCUGAAAAUAAAUAACAAAUGAAGAUGUAACUUAGUGGUCAGGCACCCCUGAACUAGAUCCCCAGCCUAAAAUAGAAACAAACAAAUGUCUCGGACCCUUACAUUUUUAAGAUGGAUUAAUAGAAACACAGCAUUGUUUGGGAAGAACUUAGGUAGAAUUUAAUGUCCUGGACUCUAAAUCUCUCAGCUAAAUAAUGCUCAUCUGCACCAUUCAAGGUAUUUCUACCCUGAUUUUAUUCAUAAAAUCUUACCACCUCGAAUUUAUGGUAAAUUACACAGUAUUCUUGGAAAUGGGACUUUGCUCAAGCAAUCAUCCUGCACUUCACUGUUCCUAUUGUAAGUAUUGACUCCUUCAAACUGCAGGGAAUCCAUUCAGGAACCAGCAUCACCAGUGUAGCAGGGAAGCAGAUUGAUUCCCACCCAGGCCCCAAAGCAUCCCUAAGGUUGCCAUUUCCAAGAGCCUCAAUGUAGUUCCUCCCUGCAGUUCACAUUCCAUGAGCUAGGUGGGUUCUGGAACUAACUGAACAGGUGGGGGUUUGCUUUAGGACAUCAGUGCAGUUACCUACCGAGGACACCCAAUGUCCCAAUAGCCUUUCUGGUCUUCAUGGGUUUCCUUGGAGACUUGAGAAGAAAAGUAUACAAACCUUUAAAAAAAAAUGUUUACUUCUUUUGGGCCAUUGCUUUUCUUAUAUAAUGCUUUUAAUUGCUUCCAAUAAAUCACUUGCCUGGGCCUCAAGCACUGUUCUUCGUCUGCGUUUUCCAGAUUGAUGAGUGAUCUUGUUCUACUGUUCAUCUUAAAAGAAAAAUAAUAAAAUGUUCACUGGGCAGUUGAACUCUGAUGCAGGCCUACCAUAUAUCCUAACAGGUUACGUUAUGGCCUCCAGCUGUCAUAGAAUUCCUCAGACCAUUUAGUCUUGAGUAGGAGCAAUAAGAAGUCGUUCUUAUGAUCUUAUAUUAGUUGCAUUAGUUACAAUGUUUCGGCAUAAUUUAUUUGAAUGUCUUUAAUUUUUAUAUUAAACAUCAGCAUAAAUCUAUUUUUGCUAGCAGAUGACAGCUAUUUUCCUUCUGCAUUGUAUUAAUCUGUCACUCAAUGUUAGUCUUUCUGUGUAGGAAAUCUGCAUCAUCUAAGUAUCUACAAAUUGUGACAGCCUAAAAUGGAAACCAGUUUUGGAGACUAUGGUUUUGGGGAAUGCAAUGAUCAGAAGUGACUCAUUUAUUUUAUUAAUGAUGAUUUUUAUCUUCCUCUGUUACCCUCAGAGGACAAUUUUUUAACAUGGAUAUUUGUAAAUCUUCCAUUUAACUAUUUGUAAAAUUAUGUUCUGUCUAAAUUCCAUUCUCCCGUUCCCCUAUGACUCCCCAAAAAGCUCAAUAAAUUUGUUUACUCUCCUCAUGUAGCUAGUUGACUGAA